AUGCCUUUCUCUACCGCGAAACCUCCAUUGACGGAGGAGAAUCUCCCUGACCAGAGUGGAAAGGUCUUUAUCGUGACUGGUGCGACAUCUGGCUACGGUCUCCUCCUGUCGACAUUUCUGUACCAGCGAAACGCCAAAGUCUACCUCGCCGCGCGUAACAGUAAAAAGACAGAAGAAAUCAUUGCAGAUCUAAAGAAACGCUUCCCCAACUCAACUGGACAGCUCGAGUCAUUGAGGCUGAACCUUUCAGACCUCACGACUAUUAAGAAAUCGGCACAGGAGUUUCUCAGCAAAGAGUCCAAGCUCCAUGUUCUAUGGAAUAAUGCCGGUGUCAUGUUCCCCCCUGGGGGUUCAAAGAGUACUCAGGGCUACGAGCUGCAGCUAGGAACAAAUAAUAUUGGUCCCCACCUGUUCACAAAGCUUUUGUAUCCGAUGUUAGCUCAAACUGCGAAAGAGUCACCGCCGAAUUCGGUUCGCGUGGUUUGGGUUGCUUCAGAUGCUGUUUCAUGGGCACCGAAACCCGCUAUUGAUUUCUCGAAUUUGGAUUACCACCAGAAUGAAUCUGCCCGAAAUAAAUACGGUCGUAGCAAGGCGGGUACUGUUCUUCAGGCCGUUGAGCUUGCGAGGAGAUCGCAAGACGACGGCGUUGUGAGUAUUGUCCUCGACCCUGGCAUUGCCAUGACAAGCCUGCAGAGAGAUAUGAACCGAUUUAUGGCCGCGGUUGUUAAACUCAUGGCAAACAAACCCGAGGUCGGCGCCUACACUCAGCUCUUUGCCGGGCUGCAUCCUGACGUUACUACUGAGAUUUCAAAGAAGGAGUGGAUUGGCCCUCCUGGGAAAAUUACUUGCCCCAGACGAGAUCUCUUCACGGACGCCGAGUUGAGCCGGAAGUUCUGGGAGUGGAACGAGGAGCAGGUCAAGCCGUAUCUGUGA